GCGGGCAGGCACGAGAUCGAGGAGCUGCCCCUCUCAGCUGACGCACCUUUGCUUCCUCCCUCUGCUUCCCCACACGACAAACCAUUUUGUCAAUCAAUUCUACAGCUUUCUCUCUCCAUUCCAAUUCACAUUCCAUACCACAUCAUUCAAGAUGAGUGCAAUCGCCGACAGCACUGAUGGCCGUGUCGAACAGGUCAAGGUGCUGUUCGCCCUCUUCCCAGGGUACAACACGCUUGACGUGGCCGGUCCUCUCGAGGUCCUGAGCCGAUCUCUUCAGGAUCCCAAGGACAAAGGUAGCAGGGCUUUCGAGUGCCAGUUCGUCGGUCCCGCUGCUGCCAUGACGUCCGUCCAGGGCCUCACCAUCAAGGCCGACAUGGACUACGACGAUGCCAACGACGAGCUUGAGGACUUCGACGUCCUCAUCAUUCCCGGCGGCGAGGGCGUCUUCGAGGUGCUCAAGAACAAGUCGGAGCCCCUCAGCCUCCUUACCAAGUACGUCGAGCUUCAAGAGAAGAACCCGGCCAAAGAACGCACCAUCCUCGCCAUCGACGUCGGCGCCCUGCUCCUUGCCCAGCAAGGUAUGCUCGAGGGCCUCGCCGCCACAACCCACCCCGACUACUACGUCCGCCUAGAGACGCUCUGUCAAGAUGCUGCUAGGCGAGACAUGUCCAUGCGUACCGACGUUAUGGAGGAGCGAUACGUGGUGAACAACGCUCGCUUCGACCUGGGCGAGAACCCCGAUGACAAUCCGUACAUCAUCAAGAAGUCCCGUCAGCCGCCCAGCGAGCCUGAGGGUCCCAACAUGCAAAACGCGCGCAGGAAGUCGAUUGCUCGCAAGGGCAGCAACGCCUGGCGUGAUUCUCGUCGCCGCGAAUCGAUUGCUAGGCGUGCUCAGAUGCCGCUGGGCGGCAUGCGUGUCAUCACUACGGGCGGCGUCACUGCUGGUCUAGACGCCAGCCUGUACUUGGUCGGUUCUCUGGCAUCUCACGACUCUGCUCUAGAGGUCGCCCGCGUCAUGCAGUAUACUUGGGUCAAGGGCGUUACGGUCGAUGCCAUCGAUGUUUGAGCUGGUACUCUGGCGGCCUAACGAAGGCGUUUACGAGGAUUGGGACGAAACUUGAUCGGGUAUGAUCAUUUUAUUAAGGUCGGGAAUCUUGAGGAUUUACCACGACUCGAUGUAAGGUAACGAAUUAUUCACGGAAAUGAAAACAGUAAACCAU